AUGGCGUUUGUUGGUAGUUAAAAAAAAAAAUCAGCUGACUAGUGUGAAUAUUUAGUUGAAAGUCCACCCGGCACACCGCGUGUUCUUCACGCCCACCGACUGGCACCCACGUGACCAGAGACACUUCCUCAAACCGCUGCAAGCACGCGCUUGAACGUCUCCUCUCUGCGAGUUAUCUGUCGUGCUGUUUUUGGAUACUGUCGUUGUCACUUUUGUCCAUUGUUUGAUCUUUUUUUUUUAGUUUUUGCCGCGGUGAUGCUCGCGGGACUCUUGCGCGUGUUCGCGCUGGCCGCCCUGCUCACCUGCGGCGCGAGGCGCGUACUCGGCGGGGGGCUCACCAGCAACGUCCUACUCAUCGUCACCGACGACCAAGAUGAAAUUCUGGGGGGCAUGACACCAAUGAAGAAGACCAAAUCACUGAUCGGAGACGCGGGCGCCACCUUCAUCAACUCGUUUACGGUGACGCCGCUGUGCUGCCCGAGCCGCUGCAGCAUCCUGACCGGUCGCUACCCUCACAAUCACCUGGUCAGGAACAACUCGCUGUCCGGGAACUGUUCCAGCGCGGCAUGGCAGAGCCGAGGCGAGUCGGAAGCCUUCCCCGUUUUCCUCAGCAAGAGCGGCUACCAAACCUUCUUCGCCGGCAAGUACCUCAACCAGUACGGCGACCAAAAAGCGGGCGGUGUCGGCCACGUUCCGCCGGGGUGGGACCAGUGGCACGCGCUGGUGGGCAACUCCCGCUACUACAACUACACCCUGUCCAGAAACGGGGUGGAGGAGAAGCAUGGCGACAACUACACGGAAGACUACCUCACCGACCUCAUUGCCAAUCGCUCUCUUCAGUUCCUGGCCAACCGAAGCCCUCAGCGUCCGUUCUUCCUGAUGCUGACCCCGCCCGCACCGCACUCGCCCUGGACCACCGCGCCGCAGUACCGCCGCCAUUUCGCCGACGUCAAAGCGCCCAGAGAUGGAAGCUUCGACAAGUCGGCCAAGGACAAGCACUGGCUGCUGCGCCAGCCCGUCAACCCCAUGCCCAACAGCUCGCUCGCCUACCUGGAUGAUGCGUAUCGAAAGAGAUGGCAAACGCUGCUGUCGGUGGACGACCUGGUGGAGACACUUGUGAGGAAGCUGGAGGAGCUGAAGGAGCUCAACAACACGUACGUGCUCUUCACCUCAGACAACGGCUACCACACAGGUCAGUUCUCUCUGCCGAUCGACAAGCGUCAGUUGUAUGAGUUUGACAUCCGCACGCCGCUGCUGGUGCGCGGCCCCGGCGUGAAAGCCAACACCACGGUCAAGGCUCCCGUGCUGAACAUUGACCUUGCGCCGACCAUUCUGGACAUCGCCGGCAUCAACGUGUCGGCCGCAAACGCGGACGGACAGUCCUUCCUGCCUCUGAUGGCACCGGCGUUGCGCAAGGGCUCUGCGCGCCCUUACUUCCUGGUGGAGCACAUGGGCGAGGGGCUGUCCAGCGGAGACCCCGGCUGCCCCAAGACGGGCCCCGGCCUGGCUGAAUGUUUCCCUAACUGCGUGUGCGAGGACUCUUUCAACAACACGUACGCCUGCGUCCGGACGCUGGAUGGACACGACAACAUGCAGUACUGCGAGUUCGCGGACAGUGAGUCAUUUGUGGAGGUGUACAACCUGGGCUCAGACCCCCACCAGCUGGAGAACAUUGUGAAGAAGGUGGACCCGGCCGUGCUUCAGACCAUGAACCAGCGGCUCAUCAAGCUGCAGUCUUGCCAGGGCGCCGGAUGCCGCGCCUUGUCCACGUGAAGGCCACUCGCGGCCAAGCAAGCCGUCUUGUCAUGCUUGGACUCGGCGGUGAACACGUCGGUGAGACGCCUCUUCUUUUUUUUUUUUUUUUUUUUUUCCACCUGAAAAGCAUCGAAACCAAAGCUGCCAUUUUGAUUAGCACCGGCCACGAAGACCGACUUCCUGCGUUUCAUUGUCUAAACCUGUGCUCCACUUCCUGUUUAGUCACAAGAUGGAAACCCCCCAAAUCACUUUUUUCCAUUUUUUUUCUUUGACAAUUUAGAAUUAAAGUUGUCACCAUGAACCCCCACAAGAUAGCAAACUUAGCGAUAGCUUCUCAUUUCAAUAUGGUUGCCUGUCACCAAAAGCAUUAUUAUUAUUAUUUUUUUUUUAUGGGACAGUUUCGUCCUAAGCACAAAAAAUGAGAAUCGAUUAGUUUUUCAGCAGUUAACGGAGAAUAGGUUCACUCAGAAAAUCUGCCAAAAAUAAAUCACCAAUGUGCGUGUGGGGCCGGAGGGUUCUGGACAACACUCACAACUCUGUGAAUGGUCGUCAUACGAAAUGAGACUUCUUUAGAGUCCUUUUCAUUGAUUACUCUGCGCCUUUUUUUUUCAAAUGAGAAAUCCAACUUGUGAAGAUGACCUCUCAAAAUCACUUGAAUUACAUCUUCAUGCUAGGCCAGCUAAUUUAGCGUGUCGACUGCAAUGAAAUGUUCCUUUUCCAAAUGAUUUUGUCAUCUCCAUACCACGGUUGCUUUUUUUUUUUAAAUCAUAUUUUCAAUGAAAUAUUUACAAAGAGAUGAAACGGUCUCAUUUUAAAUAGUUUUGCUGUUAUGUAUUGCAACUGCCUGCCGGCAUCACUGUGAAAGUUUGCACUAUGAAAAAUGAAAAUAAAUCGAUAGUAGCUUUCUCA